GGGAAAUUCGGUUUAGUAUUGGGGCGAAGAGUGAAAAGCUGAUGAGGUGACUCCCACCUGGGUGCGGAGAUCGCACAUGGUGAAAUGCUCACGAUGAAGAAGUUGCCGCCACUGCUUCGUGACCUCUUUUCCACUUGACGUGGUUUGAGCGAACUGCGCGAGUCUCGCGGCAGCUCAUCUUCAACAGUCUCUCUGACCAAUACAAAGAGUAAGAGCAGCGUCGUUUUACCGUAAAGCCCCAAUAAGUUGGAAGUCUCACAAAACUCGCGGUGCUGAGACGACCGGAAUUCAAUGUAGAGCACUAUUCCAAAUCAAGCUGUUGAUCGAAAAGCAACAUACCGAGCGCGCGCGCAGCCACUGUAGCUUUCGAGAGAAAAUUAUUAGUGUGAUUUUCGUCUUUCUUCAAGUGUCUUAUCCUUGGAUUUUUUUCCUUUUUGCCGCAUCCUCCUGCAGACACCAAGGUUGAAAAGAACCAGGAUGAAGUUAUCAUUUCUUUUGGAGCUGCUAUUGAUUUUUAUUAUAAUUGCCUUUGCUGCAUCAGCACCAAUUGAUUCAGAAGGAAGAGCUGUGAAGGGGCAUAAGAAACAUGUUGGACUGCGACAACAGGCUGCUGCUGCUGUAGCUCCAGUAGCUGCUGCUGCUGCUCCGGCUGCUGCUGCUGAGGAAGAUGAUGACGAUGAUGAUGAGGAUGAAUUUGGACUAGAUGACGAUGAUGAUAGCGAUGAGGAUGACGAUGAGGAUAUUUUGGGAUUUGGCGAUGAUGACGAUGACGAAGAAGAGGAAGCAUCAUCUGAUGGUGUGAGAGAUCCCGAAGCUGAGGAAGAUGACUUGGAUGGUGAUGAAUUGGGUAUUUUGGGAGAGGAUCUCUUUGACAUUUUCGAGGAUGAUGAUGAUACACCGGUUAAGAAGCCCGCUGCUGUAGCACCAGCAGCUGAUGUUGCCGCAGCUGCACCAGUGGCGGCUGUAGCUGAAGUGUCUGAUGUUGUUGCUGAGAGUGCCGUCGUAACACCAGCUAAAUCCACAAAGCUCAAGAGGAAACCAAUUCAGAAGAAGCCAAUUACUAAACCAGUUGAAGUUUCCAGUGCUGAAGACAAUAGCGGAGAGAAUAGUCUCAAAUUGCCCCAUACAGCCGUCCUCUUGGCCCAAUCAAUGGCAAAUGAAGUGAACCACGUGCCCGAAUUCAAGCCAUUCAUUCAAACAACAAAGCAUGAGAUUGAAAAUCAAGAUCCCGCACCUGAAGCCUAUAAAAGUGAACCCAUCAAAGAGGAAUCUGUGGAAAAAGAAGCUUCCACAGAGCGUGUUAAUGAAGCCGCAGACCCACCCCCAACUAUUGAGGAGUCAUCCAAAGAAGCCAACAAAAUUGACACAACGCCAGAGAAGAAGGUGACAAAGAAGAAGGAAGAGGGAAUUAUUGAUGCAAUGACUUCCUUCCUGGAUGACGAUGAAGAUGAGGAAGAUGAGGUGAAUCAAAAGAAAAAUCCCAGUGAGCAGAAGGAAGAGGAAGACGACGAGGAGGAUGAGGAUGAGGAAUCCAAAGAGGAAGAAGAAUUCGAGGAGGCAGAUGAGGAGGAUGAGGAGGAGAGUGCCGAAAGGGAAGAUUCCCCGGAUGUCAAUGAAACUGAGGGCAAUUCAGUGAAUGAGCAUAAAAAUGAAAGUCAGAAGGAUGAAUUUGGCAUUGAGUCAAUUGGCGAGUCUCUCGGUCUCUCCAGACGAUUGAGAAUAAAGCGAAAUUAACAUAGUUGUAGUGUCCUCAUAGCGUUAAACUAUAGUCGUUAAAGUAAUUUAUUUUAUAUUGUAUUCUUCCCUUUCCCUUUUUCCUCUUUAUUUAUUUAUUUAUUUAUUUAUUUAUUCCGCCGCCCCAUUUCCACGUACCUUCCACGACACUUCUGUGAAAAAAGUCUGGUACUUUUACACUCAGAGAUGCGUUUUAGAGAGCAAUGACUUAAUUUUUUUUUAUGAUUAAAUGUUUUUUUUUUUAUAAAAUCGAGAUUAGUUAUCAAUAAAUUUGAUUUUCAUA